AUUUUGUUAUCCAAAAACAAUCAACAAAACAAAGUUAAAAAUAGCUUCCUCAACUAGAGUUAUCUCCAAAUGGCUUCCACUUUCCUUCACUCUCUAACCCAACCAAAUCCACUUCUCCUAAACCAUCACCACCCCAAAAAAACCAAUGUCUUCACUAUCAAAUGCAAUUCAAAUGAAUCAACCAAUGAACCCAAAAUUAAUGAUGACCCAACUCCAUAUUCCACCACCUUAAACAACCCAAACAACUUCCCAAUAGAAAAGAGAAGAAAAUCAGAAAUCCUAAGAGAAAAAAAGCAAAAACUUGAACUUUCAAAGGGUGACCCACCAAAUUUUGAAGUUGGGUGGAGAAGAACAAAGCCCAUUGAGAUAGAGAAGCCAAAAGGGUAUGUGAUUAUGGAUUUUUUGGGAAAAUUGGAGGAGCUAAUGGGCAAAGAAUUUGGGUCAGUUGCUCUGUUGGCUAAGGUUGGUGAAAUAGUGGCAGAGAGAGCUAGAGAAGAAGCUGAAGUUUUAAGAGAUGAAGGUAAAGUUGAAGAUAGAAUGGUGACUGAGUUGUUUAGGGUUUUGAAGUUGAUGGAAAUGGAUUUGGCUAUGGUUAAAGCUUCUGUUAAAGAAGAUACUUUGAAUCAGAGACUUGAACAAGCUAAAGCUAGAUGUAGACAAGCUAUUCUUGUUGCUAAUUCUUUUUGAUUUCUUGUUGAUUAUGAUUAAUAUGGGUUUUAAUAUU